GUCGAGACGAUCACAACCGCACGAUGUUGAUGCCAAGGCUGACCGCAAGAAGAUCCACGAGUACCUCUUCCGAGAGGGUGUCCUCGUCGCCGCGAAGGACUUCAACCUCCCCAAGCACCCCGACAUCGACACGAAGAACCUUUUCGUCAUCAAGGCUCUCCAGUCGCUCAACUCGCGCGGCUACGUCAAGACCCAGUUCAGCUGGCAAUACUACUACUACACCCUCACCCCCGAGGGUCUCGAUUACCUGCGCGAAUGGCUCCACCUGCCCGCUGAGAUCGUUCCUGCCACCCACAUCAAGCAGCAGCGAUCCCACGCUCCCCCCCGCGGCAUGCUCGGCGAGGGUGAGCGCGAGCGCAAGCCGUUCGGCGGCCGUGGCCGUGGUGGUGACCGGGGUGACCGUGAGGGUGGCUACCGCCGCCGGGAGGCUGGUGGUGAGGGCAAGGAGGGUGGUGCGCCUGCCGGCUUCGAGCCGCAGUUCCGUGGUGGCUACGGCCGUGGCCGUGGUGCCGCUCCCCCCUCGUAAACGGAGAGGGUCCUUUCCUAACGACUUUCACUCUCGAGACGCACAUGGCGAAAAAAAUAGGGCACCGACAUGUAUUCUGAAAAGUGGAGGGCCGGAAUGAUCGCGCGUCGGGUUCACGUCAUACAGACUACGGGGGAAACAUCGUAGGGAGUUUGGAGGAUAGAUCCUCGGACAUUGCGGUUGCAUUAACGGACACUUUCUCGCACGCAGAUGCUGUGCUGUUUGCCGAU